AUGUCACACGCUUCAGCAAGCCUCCCAAUCAUCGAUAUUGCACCUUACCUGGAGGCUGAACGUGAUCCGACGAAAUGCCAGUCCACAUCAGACGCGCUACACAAUGCCUGUGUCGAUUACGGGUUCUUCUAUCUAGAUAUUUCGCAGUUCAUAGAUCACUCAGAACCUGAGGAGUUGACCCGGCUAGCCCGAGAGUUCUUCGCACUGCCACAGGAGGAGAAGGAUAAGAUUAGCCUAGAGCACCAGGAUAAUGCUAGAGGAUAUCAAAGGCUCAAGCAGAAUGUGACUAACGGCAAGGCGGAUAACCACGAAGGAAUCGAUUUUUACAAGCCUGUUGAGAAACCAGACAGAUCCAAACCAGUGUGGGGGGAGAAUCAAUGGCCUGAUAUCCCCGGAUUCAAGCAUAAAUACGAGAAAUGGAUUGAGAAGAUGAAGAAGCUUGGCCUCAUUGUUAUGGAGGCGAUGUCUAUUGGACUCAAGAUGACAACAGAAGAAUGGAUGGAGUUGCGAGCUCAAGUAGAUGAUAGCUUCUGGGUGAUGCGAACCAUCGGCUAUCCUCCACUUCCAACUGACGACGAUGGCUUCUCCUGCGGAGCACACAAAGACUACGGCUGCCUAACCUUCCUAUAUGCUGAUCCUACUCGAAGUGCUCUGCAAGUGUUCUUGCGACAGUCAAGUGCGACAGCAUCAGAUUUGGAUGGCCUGCCAGCAGAGCAUGGUACAGAGGAAGGGAUAUGGAUAAACGCGGAUCCUGUUCCCAAUUGCAUCGUUUGUAAUAUCGGCGAGAUGUGGGAGAUCUGGACAAACGGAUUGUACAAAAGCACGUUGCACAGAGUGGUCCAUAGAGGAUCGAGCUACCGGAUACCGUUCUUCUUCGAGCCCAACUUCACCGCGAAUGUUGCCCCACUUCGAGCAGCUCUGUGUCUUUUGCCUUCCCAAGACCCAUCUCCAAACGGAGGACAGACCUACGAAUCUGUUGUAUAUGGCGAUUUUUUGCUCAGGAAAGUUGGCAACAAUUUCGCAUUAGAUGGGAAGGGAAAGUAUGACUAG